AUGUUAUAUGCCCUGCAACCCGGCGCGGCUUGGGGCUGGUCCUUCAUCAAGCGCCAGCAUGCUUCAUUUCGGGCCCGGAACUUUCGGAACCGUCAGACCUGGCACGAGCCGGACGUCUUUGACGAAGACGUUGUCCCGAUAACGCCGAUUGGUCGCGUCUACUUCUUGCUGACACUAAUGAUGGCUGCCGCAACGCCAGCAUGGUUUGGUAGCCCUAGGCGCACCCCAGCGACGCCAACUCGCAUCAGGCGGACUUCUAGCUGUAGCCUCUACGACGACUAUCCGCGGACCCCAAAGGCCCUGCUUCCUACGCCGAAGGUUACUGUGGUGCUUACGCCGGAAGGACGUCUGACUUACUGGUUUCGUGAUAAGGUUUUUGAAAGGAUGACCAUCUCCUCAGCUACGUGCAGCGUGAUUGCAACGUUCCUGGUCUUCCUCGCGUCUCUGCUCAUGCAAUUCUCGUUGUUGCAUCCACUACAAGCAAUUUGCGAUGUGUUCUGGACAAUCUGUUCUUGGAAGAUCUGGGUGGUGCUAUUGAUGGUCACCGUAUCCAACUUUGCCGCCAUCCGAUUUGGAUUGUGUCGCCUAGCUCAUGCACAGCAGCGGCGUGUUCUGUUCCUUUGGAACCGAGCCAAUUGGUGGUACUCGAUAUUCUUCUCUAUGAUUGCAAUUUCGAACACGAUGACCAUCAUGGGAAUCGCUCAAUAUGAAGUUGCUGGCGCUUAUUCCAAGCUCCUGCUCUACAGCACUAUAUUGUUCGGCUCGAUCUACUCGGUGUUCUCAACUGACCAUCAGCUCAGGAUUGACGAGGCUCGCAACUACACCGGCGCCAACCUCUACCGUCAUCUCUUCUCAAUCAAGCGAAAGUCGAUUGCGCAGCAAGCCUUCUUCAGUGCACUGAUUAUCCACCGCAACAUUUACAUUGUCUCUCUGAUUUUUGGACUCCCGGUAUUCGGCCCCUCGAUCUUUUCGUCGCUAAUCUGGCUCAAGCUGCACGCCGUCGCUAUUUCGGGCUUGUUUAUUUCGCUGCUGAUUCUGCAGAUUUCCGUGUUCCUGAUUCGUCGUCAAUGCACGCAGCCGAUGACGUUCCCACUACCGCCGCUAUACGCCGUCGAUCAUCCGUCUGAAGCUGAGGAGCGCACCCUGACUGCGAUGGCAGAAUGUAAAGAACCAUUCCUCAAGAUGAUUGCAUUUGAUGAUCUCCGUAAUAUGGCGAAUGAUCAAGCUCGACGUAAGCAGGUCUAUGCACUCAGCCAGCCCGGCGGUUUUCCAAGAACGUGGCAGCGUGUAUCCGGUUGCUGUUUCGCGGUGUUGCGCCAUAUCCAGAAAGCCAUUGAGGAGGCUUCGCGUGGAUUUCUUGCGCCAGACGAGCAACUUGAUGAUGAAAACAUUGUUCGUGAAAUGUUCGCGAUGCCCGCCGGCCUUCGGAACCAGGCUUAUAUGACGGAUAUGCGCAAACGCGUUACCCGUGCCACUCUACGUCCCCAGCAAAUGAUUCGGGCUCAAGAGAAUCCAUUCUCCUCCUGCAUGUCAACUGCUACAUACAAAAAGUACUUUGCUUGGCUGCGUUCGGAGGAAAUGUUGCUCUCGCGCUCGGAUUGUUCCGUUUGCAUGUCGGCUUUGGAAGCCCUUUGUCAACUCUCCAUCAAUGCGGUUUACGAAGAUGACUUUGGAAUUGUGCAGAAUGAUUUCGCGGAAAUUAUCUCGGUGAUCACCGGUCUGAUGUCUGCAAUUGACUGCUAUUUCCGGGUCCGAAAUAUUCGCCCGUGUCCCACUGGCCCGGAUGCUCCGCUCAUCAACUUGCAACAGUCUCUCAAGCAGAACUUCAAGGAGCUCUACAUGGAAUUCGGCACUCACAUCAACAAGCUAGUCAACAACGAUGCUGUACUGGACCGCCUUCUCAAA